AUUUAUUGAUUUAGCUAGUCAGUAUGCUUACGUUUUCUCUUCUCUUUGCAUUCCUGUGUACAGUCCAUCCAUGCAGAUAACAUGCUCCAGACACUGUUGUGCCGACUUAGGAUACAGCAGCCUUUGAGGAGUAGGACAUGUGCCUAUGGCUUCACCCCUGCCAAUCUGUCGGACCCUGUCCAGCUGCAUGUGACUCCAUCUAGAACUCAAUUAGCUCACUGGACCACCUUAGACUCUGUUCAUCAUAGGACCUGUCAUUCAAACACACACUCCCAACAGCAUGGCUGGACUGUCAGAGGAGACAGGAAGCGAGAUGUUUUGUAUGUGUCACAACGUUUCAGCACCGGUGUUGUGUCACUAUCAGCUAUCAUUGGUCAUCCCACCUCCACCAGACAUUGGGGUGUCAGUAUACAGAGGAGGCUCUAUUCAACGGUCCCUAUUAAAUCAGUGAUUAAACCAGUGACCAUGCCAGGAAGUGGGAAGAAACUUCCUAAAGGCCCCAGGACCAAACAACCAUCCAGAACCAAUCAGCCGACCCCAAAGGAGGACAAGGUGAUGCCGUCCACCAAUCAGAUUAGAGGACUGGGAUAUGCUUAAUGAAUAUAUCUAUUUUAUUUAUUUAACCUUUAUUUGUAUUAUAAGGAAGUGAAUGAAUGAAUGAAUGGAUACUGAGCAUGGACGGAUGAAUUAAUGAAUCAAUGUUACAUACAGGGACAAUACAGGGACACACUUUAUACAUCAGAGCACAUAGACCUGAGCACUGAUGGCUGGUGAAACAAGUAAGAUACCUUACGUGUAUCUAACAUCUAGUAUGACCCGAUUCUUGAUCAUGUGGGUUAUUAUGUCAGUAACACAAUGGCAACCAUGUUCUAUUUGUCCCCUAUAGGAUAUUAUGCAGUGCAUUGCUUUUGCAACAGCGGACCAGUAUCAUUUGCCAACACUCUGCCAUGACCUCAUAGCCCAUGGCUUCUACGAAAUAGAUUUACCAAGAGGUAGGCCAACACCUUUUUACUUUACUUCAUGGAUGCUCUAGGCCAGGGGUCUCCAACAGGUCGAUCUCGAGCUACCAAACAAUUCAGAAAGUACAUGCAAUUUUCACGUGUUCCACCGCAAACUGUCAUUAACAAAUCUCACAAGUAUCAGACACCGCAAGCUCCCAGCUACUAUCUAAUCAACGCAACAUUGACAUUAUCCCACCCCUGGUUAGCCACUAUUGGCUUAAAAAGCCAGACCUAACACAAUCUCUGCCAGCAAUAUUGCUCCUGUCUUGGUCUGUAUGGUGCGCACAUUUGUCUAUCACUCUGUGUGUAGCCAAUUGAUGUGAUAACCGUCUUGUGGGUUGACAGAAACACUUUCCCCAAAACCUUCUCGAUUAAAUGUUAACUGCAAAGUAGGCUUACCUGGCAGUAGUAUAUCAUGAGUAAGUAUAUCAUUUGUAUCUAUUAUUUGUUAUUUGCAAACUUUCCCAUGAAAUGAGAAGCAGCAGUACAGAACCAUCACUAGACCGGCACAUUAGAUGGCACAUUCUUUACUCACUAGAUGCACAAUUAAAGGGCCAGAUGCGCAAUUAAAGGGCCAGAUGCAGAUGCGCAAUUGAAGGGGAAUUAAACACAAAAAUCCCAAAAUGCUAAUUUUCUUCCAGACAUAAAACAAUUCUCAGAACAUCCAAUUUCAUUGUUUCUCUAUAAAAAAAUUACAUUUUGAGUGUAAAACAAAACAAAUUCUAAAACCAGGAAAACUAAAACUGAGAAAACAUAAUUUGGAAAAUAUUAAACAGAAUUGUGGGGGAAAUAAUCACAGAUUCUAUAGGGCUCCCCUUAGAGUUGUUUAUUAACCAUUAUUUUACCAGGUAUAUUGGCAUAAAACAGUGCACUACUUUCUCUUGUACACUAAGGACCUGGGGAAGAGUUGCGGGGAAGAGUUGCAAGGGAGAGGAGAAGAGAAGAAUAUGCUUAUUUGAAAGCUAGGAGAAAAUGAGUAGCUCAUGACAGGUUUUAUUUAAAAAAAAGUAGCUCUCAUGCUAGAAAAGGUUGGAGACUCCUGCUCUAGGCUAAUUGCAUACUCUUUUCAUGGCUGUGCAAUGAAACAAAGAAACAUUUUGAUCAUAUAUUUUCAUUUCAGAUGCCUCAAAUGUACUUGUAAUAUGCACUGACAAUGCCCAAAAACCCAGUGACAAUGCAACAAUGUUCUUCUUCAGGUAUGUAUUUUUCUAUAUCUUAUUGGUUAUGUCUCUUAGCUAAUUGUUUUGUUUUGAACAUUAAGCUAUUUUUCUUUCUAGGGAGGGAUCAGUGGUCUUUUGGAAUGUUGAAGAGAAAACGGUAAGAAGGAUUCCGAUCCUAUUGCACAUAAGAAGUCACUGACAUAUUUCAUUAAUCUUCGUAAUUUCUCACAAUAGUGUAGUAAUUCUAGUUUUGAUAAUAACAAAAUGAUCACAUUACAGUCACCUUAAAAAUCGCUGUUAAGGGAAGGUUUGGUUCUCUUGAACCAGGUAGUCUAAACAGGGGAAUUGUUGAAGGAGCUGCAGAUGUCAUCAGUUACAGAUCAAUGAUGCAAUUUCUUGCUAUUAAUCUGCUUUGUUUCUCAGAUGAAGAAAGUGAUGAGGAUCCUGGAGCAGCAUGAGAUUCAGCCCUACGAGGUAGCUCUGGUCCACUGGGAAAAUGAAGAGAUCAACUACAGUAUUGGAGAGUAUGUCACCUGAUAUGGUUGGUCGUAACAGAUCGAUGAUGCAAUUUCCAAUAUGCAUUAUAGCAAAAUUAAAUUGUAGAUGGCUGAAAAAAUGUAUGAAUGACUUUACCAUGAUAUAGAAAGCAAAAAGGGCUUCUUUUGAUUUGUCAUUUGGAUUGUUCCAUAAUUGUUGUAGCUAUAUUGUUGUCUUUGGUGACAGUGUUUUCUUUUGUUCUCCCAAGGGGAAACUCAAAACUACAACAUGGUAACUUCCUGCUGAACAAUGAAAUAUAUCCUGACGAGGCCGUGCUGGAUAAAUUUGCAUUCUCAAAUGCCCUUUCUUUGUCAGGUUAGCUGGAACCCCUUUAUGUUUACUGUUUGUUGUUCAUGUAGGUAACAUUACUGUUAAUCGUUCUAUAUACUACUAUGGCUUUCUUACCAUCCAUAUUGUGCUUUCCCGUCUGUCUUGGUUUUGUUUAAGUGAAACUGGCAAUAUGGGAGGUGGCUUUGGAUCACUUUGUGGAGUCGAUUCAGUCCAUCCCAGAGGUAAGACCUUUAAAUGAUUCUGUAAGUGUCAACAGACCUCCACACUUGAGAAACCAUCAUAUCUGACCAUGACUGAAUAAUUAUACAAUGUAUAAUAGGUUCUCCUAACUUCAUUAUUUGCUCUUCCCAAAAAGAUGCUGAAAUCUGGGAAGAAAAUAAAGCUGUCCAGAGCAGAGGUCAUGCAGAAAAUUGGAGAACUCUUUUCUCUGAGGUAAAUAAAAUCUGCUGCAAAUAUCAAAGCAGCAGGUUAAAUAUUGGAUUCAUUUUGUUUAUUACAGCUUGAGUAACCAGAAGCAAUUAGCAGACAAUACUAUGUAACCAUCCACCACUGAAUCUGGCUAUUUUACGUGUUAUGUUAUUCAAGGCACUGUAUCAACCUGAGCUCUGACCUGCUGAUCACGCCAGACUUCUACUGGGACAGAGAGAACCUGGAGAUGCUCUAUGACAAGACCUGUCAGUUCCUUAAUAUCAACCGCCGGGUCAAGGUAGGGUUUUGUCUUAUUUAUUCUUAGUAUGAGUUUAUGGAUCAUAUCAUAUUUGAUAACAGAUGCAGUAUUACUAGGGCGGCAGCUAGCCUAGCGAUUAAGUGUUGGGCCAGUAAACAAAAGGUCGGUAGUUCAAAUCCCCAAGCCGACUAGGUGAAAAAUCUUCCGAUGUGCCAUUGAGCAAGGCACUUAACCCUAAUUGCUCCUGUAAGUCGCUCUGGAUAAGAGCAUCUUUUAAAUGACUAAAAUGUAAAUGUACUUUUAGGAUGCUGAACUGAAACGUAUAUUAAUGGCACCUGUUUGAACUUGUUAUCAGUAUAAAAGACACCUGUCCACAACCUCAAACAGUCACACUCCAAACUCCACUAUGGCCAAGACCAAAGAGCUGUCAAAGGACACCAGAAACAAAAUUGUAGACCUGCACCAGGCUGGGAAGACUGAAUCUGCAAUAGGUAAGCAGCUUGGUUUGAAGAAAUCAACUGUGGGAGCAAUUAUUAGGAAAUGGAAGACAUACAAGACCACUGAUAAUCUCCCUCGAUCUGGGGCUCCACGCAAGAUCUCACCCCGUGGGGUCAAAAUGAUCACAAGAACGGUGAGCAAAAAUCCCAGAACCACACGGGGGGACAUAGUGAAUGACCUGCAGAGAGCUGGGACCAAAGUAACAAAGCCUACCAUCAGUAACACACUACGCCGCCAGGGACUCAAAUCCUGCAGUGCCAGACAUGUCCCCCUGCUUAAGCCAGUACAUGUCCAGGCCCGUCUGAAGUUUGCUAGAGUGCAUUUGGAUGAUCCAGAAGAGGAUUGGGAGAAUGUCAUAUGGUCAGAUGAAACCAAAAUAGAACUUUUUGGUAAAAACUCAACUCGUCGUGUUUGGUGGACAAAGAAUGCUGAGUUGCAUCCAAAGAACACCAUACCUACUGUGAAGCAUGGGGGUGGAAACAUCAUGCUUUGGGGCUGUUUUUCUGCAAAGGGACCAGGACGACUGAUCCGUGUAAAGGAAAGAAUGAAUGGGGCCAUGUAUCGUGAGAUUUUGAGUGAAAACCUCCUUCCAUCAGCAAGGGCAUUGAAGAUGAAACGUGGCUGGGUCUUUCAGCAUGACAAUGAUCCCAAACACACCGCCUGGGCAACGAAGGAGUGGCUUCGUAAGAAGCAUUUCAAGGUCCUGGAGUGGCCUAGCCAGUCUCCAGAUCUCAACCCCAUAGAAAAUCUUUGGAGGGAGUUGAAAGUUCGUGUUGCCCAGCGACAGCCCCAAAACAUCACUGCUCUAGAGGAGAUCUGCAUGGAGGAAUGGGCCAAAAUACCAGCAACAGUGUGUGAAAACCUUGUGAAGACUUACAGAAAACGUUUGACCUGUGUCAUUGCCAACAAAGGGUAUAUAACAAAGUAUUGAGAAACUUUUGUUAUUGACCAAAUACUUAUUUUCCACCAUAAUUUGCAAAUAAAUUCAUAAAAAAUCCUACAAUGUCAUUUUGUCUGUCAUAGUUGACGUGUACCUAUGAUGAAAAUUACAGGCCUCUCUCAUCUUUUUAAGUGGGAGAACUUGCACAAUUGGUGGCUGACUAAAUACUUUUUUUCCCCACUGUAUGUUGUUUCUUAUGGGAUAUAUUCCACUUAAGCUAUAGGCAGCAAACCGUCAAAAUGCUUGUCAUUAUGCAAGCAAUUAGCUAUAGUGGGAUUGAAAUCCACUUGCAGCAGUGGGGUCAUCUAUUUUUUUCCCAGGUAGUGAACGAGAAACUGCAGCACUGCACUGAGCUGACAGACCUGAUGAGGAACCACCUGAGUGAGAAGCACAGCUUAAGGCUAGAGUGGAUGAUAGUCAUCCUCAUCACUAUUGAGGUCAGAAACCCCAACACCACACACACACACACACACACACACACACACACACACACACACCACCCCUCCAAGGCUUAUGUUCUUGUGAUGGUGGUGAUGAUAAUGAUGGUUAUUAUUAUGAUGAAGAUGAUAAUUAUGUUUCUAGCAUUAUAAUGAAGAACUACAAGAACAAACUGAAGCCUAGCUUAUCAUUUCAUUUGGAAUGUCAUCUCACUACUCUUUUGGUUUUGUUUCCUUUGAAUUUCAGGUGAUGUUUGAACUUGGCAGAGUGAUCUUCUGAAGAGCUGCAUCAGUGACGAUGAAAUAAAAAUACUGACAAAAUAUAUAUUUUUGUAAGUACAUUACAUCAUGAUCAUAAUUAACAAGACAUUAAAAAGAAGGCUAAACUUUUAC